AUGGCUGACUUACAAGAUUUAGAACCAAGCAUUGUCAUUAACGGUGACUUAGCUCCAGAAGAUGAUAUCAUUUAUGAAGAAGAAAUGGAACUAGAUGAAGAACUAGUUGUUGAAGAAGAAGAAAAGCCAAAGAAGAAGGUCAUGUUUACUGGUAUUGAUGAAGAAGCAGAUGAGGAGCAAAGAAAGCGUGAAUUCGAAGAAGGUGGUGGUUUACCAGAACAACCAGAAAAUCCUGAUUUUACAAAAUUGAAUCCAUUAUCUGCUGAGAUUAUUAAUAGACAAGCUACUAUUAAUAUCGGUACCAUUGGUCACGUCGCACACGGUAAGUCUACUGUUGUUAGAGCUAUUUCAGGUGUUCAAACUGUCCGUUUCAAGGAUGAAUUGGAACGUAACAUUACUAUUAAAUUGGGUUAUGCUAAUGCAAAGAUAUAUAAAUGUCAAAACCCAGAAUGUCCAGAACCAGACUGUUAUAGAUCAUUUAAAUCUGAUAAAGAAAUUCAUCCAAAAUGUCAAAGACCAGGCUGUGAUGGUCGUUAUGAAUUAGUUCGUCAUGUUUCCUUUGUCGAUUGUCCAGGUCACGAUAUUUUAAUGAGUACUAUGUUGUCUGGUGCUGCUGUCAUGGAUGCUGCUUUGUUAUUAAUUGCCGGUAAUGAAUCUUGUCCACAACCUCAAACUUCCGAACAUUUGGCUGCUAUUGAAAUUAUGAAAUUGAAACAUGUUAUUAUUUUACAAAACAAAGUAGAUUUAAUGAGAGAAGAAAGUGCAUUAGAACAUGAGAAAUCUAUUUUAAAAUUCAUCAGAGGUACCAUUGCUGAUGGUGCUCCAAUUGUUCCAAUCUCUGCUCAAUUGAAAUACAACAUUGAUGCAGUCAAUGAAUUUAUUGUUAAGACAAUUCCAGUUCCACCAAGAGAUUUCAUGAUCUCUCCACGUUUGAUCGUUAUUCGUUCUUUCGAUGUUAACAAGCCAGGUACUGAAAUUGAUGGUUUGAAGGGUGGUGUUGCUGGUGGUUCUAUCUUGAACGGUGUCUUCAAAUUGGGUGAUGAAAUCGAAAUUAGACCAGGUAUUGUAACAAAGGAUGAAAAAGGUAAAAUUCAAUGUAAGCCAAUUUUCUCGAAUAUUGUUUCUCUUUUUGCUGAAACAGAACGAUUUGAAAAUUUGCUGUUCCCAGGUGGGUUAAUUGGUGUUGGUACUAAGGUUGAUCCAACAUUAUGUAGAGCUGAUCGUUUAGUUGGUCAAGUUGUUGGUGCUAAAGGUCACUUACCAAGUAUCUACACCGAUAUCGAAAUCAAUUACUUCUUGUUACGUCGUCUAUUAGGUGUCAAAACAGAUGGUCAAAAACAAGCUAAGGUCAGAAAGCUAGAAUUAAAUGAAGUUUUAAUGGUCAAUAUCGGUUCCACUGCCACUGGUGCCCGUGUUGUUGCUGUUAAGGCUGAUAUGGCUAGAUUGCAAUUAACUUCUCCAGCUUGUACAGAAGUAAAUGAAAAGAUUGCCUUGUCCAGACGUAUUGAAAAGCAUUGGCGUUUAAUUGGUUGGGCUACCAUUAAGAAAGGUUCUGUUUUGGAACCAAUCGCCUAA